AUGACUGUCAAAACUCGAUCGAUGGACUCUGUCGAGCAGAAAACUGUUGACGUGUCGCAGUUCUCAGACUUGGGUCAGGAUAACCACGAUAAAGAGGGACUUGCCUCGGAUUUUUAUUGGACAAAGGUUAAGGAUCCUCAUACCAUAAGAAGGAAGUUGAUCAUGAAGAAGUACCCGCAAGUAACCAAACUCUGUGGUCCAGAACCCUUUACAAAAUACAUUGCCACCUUUGUUGUUCUUACCCAGUUUACUGCCGCUUAUUUAUUGCGAAACACCCAUCCCGUCUCUUUUAUCUUUCUCCUUAUAGCUUACGUUCUUGGAGGCACAUGUAAUCAGAACGUUUUUAUGUGCAUUCACGAAUUGUCGCAUAACUUGGGCUUCAAAAAACCGCUAUUCAAUAAGUUGUUUUCCAUCUUUGUCAACUUCCCUAUUGGUGUUCCUUACAGUGCCUCUUUUCAACCUUAUCAUCAACUUCACCACAAGUUUUUGGGUGAUGAAAAAUACGACACAGAUCUUCCCACCAAGUUUGAGGCUCGGUUUUUGUCAAGUAUUCCUGGAAAGCUCUUCUUUGCCACCUUCCAGAUCUUCUUUUAUGCACUUAGACCUAUUUGCGUAACCCAGGUUCCUCUCACAUGGAUCCAUUUGUUGAACGUGAUUGUUCAAAUCUCCGUCGACUAUCUCGUGAUUACUCUUUGGGGUUGGUAUUCCUUCUUCUAUUUCCUUUUGUCCUCAUUUUUUGCAGGUUCGUUACAUCCUACAGCAGGUCAUUUCGUUGGCGAGCACUAUAUUUUUGAUCCUCCAGAGCAUUUCAAGAAGUUCGUUGAUGCUCCUCCUGCAGAGACUUACUCCUACUAUGGCUUCCUCAAUACCUUUGUCUGGAAUGUUGGUUACCACAAUGAACAUCAUGAUUUCCCUUACAUUCCCUGGUCUAGAUUGCCUGAACUAAGACGCGAAGCCGCGGAGUUUUAUGAGGGCUUACCUACUCAUGAGAGCUGGGUUUGGACAAUCAUCGAUUUUAUCUUUAACUAUGAUAUUACCAUGUACAACAGGAUCAAGCGCCAUACUGCAGGUAAGAAGGCCAGAAGUGAGGUUGAUUUUGAGGACAAUUCGAGGUGA